UCUAACCUUUUCACUUUUCACUUUCGUCUUUUAUAAUAUGUAGUUUUUGCUAACCGACUGUCACUCAGAAUUUAUAUUGUUGUGGUAAUGCCCGUGGCAGAUUGAUUUUUUUAUGCUGGUGAUUUCUACCUUGGAUGGAGUGUUCAGCAAAGGAAUUUGUGUGUCAUAAGUAAAACAAAUUGUUCUUCAACAAUUCUGAUAGUUCAGACAAGAAUAUUAAAGGACAAUUUACAGAUCAAAUAAUUACAAUGAAUUCAUGUGCUAACAGUGUGUUUCGCUACUUUAGGCCACAGCUAAGUAGUUUGAAGGCUCUGCCUCUGUGUGUCCAGUCCUCUGCUUGUGGAAUGUCUCCUUUGACACGACAAAUUCAUCACGUUGCAAGUGUAGGCAAUCCAUAUUUAUAUCAUCAACAUGAAUUUGUUGAAAAUGGUGGAAUAGUAUGUGGGAAGUCAGCAAUAAAAAAAGGACAGUUUUUAGGCACAACAUUGCAUCUUAUUCACUCAAAAAGAGCGACAUCAAAGAUUCCAACUGAUGCUGAGAAGGCAUUGCUGGUGACUGAGAUGAACAUGCGAUUGCUGAAUGAAAAUAGCUUUUUAUCAUGGUGCCGCAAUGCCUACUUGUCGACAGUAGUGGGUGUAGCUAUGAUUACUGAAGGAACCACAGCACUGGCUCAAGGAGCUGGAGCAGGUGCUUUAGCUGUGGGUGCCAUGAACUUGUUCUGGGGUACAGGCUGUCAUGUUGUCAACUUGAUCCGACUGCGUCAUGUGACAGGAAUGUCCACCUUCACGCUGUUCCUGAACCUGAUUGGCUCUACCCUACACUGCUGCCUGUGGCUCUUUGUUCUCAUCUGCUACAUUGGCUUCUUAGACGAGACCAGGUCACUCCGCAGCUCAGUGGAUGGUGUGUCACCGAUCGAAGUCACCAACGUGCAUCUAGACUCCAGGAACAGUUUGCCGAAGAGCGUUGAGACUGUGGAUGUAUAGAUUUAUCUGUUGUAGGAUUGAAUGUGAAAAUGUUUUGAAAGAGAUGCAGGCCCCGGAAUUUGAAGGGAUGAUCCAUCAUCCAACAUCCAAAUCCAUUUGUUCCUUUAAAAAAAACGUGUGGUGGACCUUUUCCAGUGGUUUUGUCUCUAUGUUCUAACUUGGUAUCUUACAUAAGUUAUAACAAAAGUAAUGACAAAAAGUUGCUUUUGUAUUUCUAAUUUUUCCAAGGACCUUUCAUUAGACAGUUGAUUUAGUGUCUUGACCAAAUUGUUGCUAUUUUAAAAAGAGUCAUAUAGGUGUCCUAAGAACUGUUUUGGCCAUUCUACAAAGUGUGACAUUUACUCUUCUUUCAGGAGUAGAGCCUUAACAAUUGUAGUCUACUUUUGGGACAUAAUUGUCACCACGCUGUAGAAUCAGGCUCUCAUCGAUUUGGGUCAUUUGGAGUUAUUGGUAUCAUCUUAGAACUUGUUCAUUUGUCUUAGAAUUUGAUUUUUUAAAAAUACCCAUCUAUCUUAAAUAGAAGUAAAGAUAUUUGGGACUGAAAGAGGAGGGGGUCCCUGGUAUCAGAUGUAAAAUAAGCAGGGAAAUGGCUGCCAAACUUGGAAACUGCACAUUUAUACUCAUUGUGCCUUUGAUCUCUGUUUAUCUAUAAAAUCCUCACAGAAGUGAGUUUUUAAAACUGGACGUAGAAGGUACUGAGCUUCCAAAAAAA